AUGGACACUGAAGACAGGAAUGUUGACUCACCUUUCCUCGACAAUGGAGUCAUAACUCACUCGAGCAAAGAACUGAAUUUUCUUUCACGGCAUCGGUGGUCAUCGAAGAUAUUGAUCCUCCUUUCCAUCUUAGCCAUAUCUUUCCUCGGCGUCAAUCUGAGCCAGACUACAGUAUUUGGCAACUGCCCUCAUUCAAGAUCAAACCCAGGAUAUUGCUCCGCAAGUCCAUACUGGAAAGGCUGGCCUUACAUCAAGUACACAUUCGCAUUUGGAGAUUCCUGGACCAGCACAAGUUUCAAUUACACCGACGCUCAACCAUCACCCAACGAGCCCCUCGGUAAUCCUCCUUUCCCGGGCAUCACCUCCUCCAACGCAACAAACUGGAUAGGUUAUCUGACCACCAAGUACAACGCCUCCUUCCUGCAAACCUUCAACUUAGCCGUCUCAGGCACAACACUCAACAAUCACAUCACAAACGCAUUUCCCAUCCCGGUAACGGAACAGAUCUACGCUCGCUGGAUGCCAGCAUAUGCAGAAGCAUACUGGACGCCAUGGAAACGAAACGAUACUCUGUUCAUGAUGUUUGUUGGCAUCAAUGAUGUGAUAAUAAUGAACGACAAAACAGGCGAUGACCUGGCUCUCAUCGACAAAAAGCUCGAGAGCAUGCACCUCAAACUUUUAUCUUCUCUCUAUGGAGCCGGAGCCAGGAACUUUCUACUACUGAAUGUCCCUCCUUUGGAACGGAUUUGGCAACCUCCUUGGGUUUCGAAGGAAGCUAUUGAGAAAUAUGGGUCUGAUGCUAAGAUGUAUAAUCGACGCAUUAACCGCGUAGCUGCGUCCUUGAAAGCGGAGUUCGCGGAUGCCAAUGUUUUCGUUUAUGAUGUUCAUAGGUUGUUCAAUGAGGCAUUGGACGAGCCUAAGAGGUUUGAACAGUUGCGUGGGAUUAAGAAUACGACGGAAUUUUGCCCGAGUUAUGCUAUGGGAACACCAACUACAGAUUAUUUUCUUCCAGAGUGUGGAAUUCCGGUGAACGAGUAUUUCUGGUUGAAUGCUUUGCAUCCAACGUAUCCGAUACAUGAUGUGCUUGCGGAGGAGGUGGUGAAGCUUAUGGAGUCGGGACCAAAUGUUUGUUAG